AUGGAAGUUGGGAAAAUCUUGGGAUUGGAUUUCGAAGGUAAGGAGAAUGAGGUGAUUGGUAAGUUGACUGCACUCGAAGAAAAGGAUAUGGAGAGAGUAGAAGGGGAAGCUGCAGCUCCGGGCCUACGAAGACCCGAGAAGAGAACAAAAGUAAAGAGCUUAGUUCGGGAGAGGAAGGUAGAUGUCCUUCUGUUACAGGAGACUAAGAGAAGCUCAGUAGAUGAUAAUUUUGUAAAGUCCUUAUGGCCGUGGGAGGAGAUGGAGUACAUGGAGGUGGGUGCAGAAGGAAGUGCUGGUGGCUUACUAUCCUUGUGGAAUCCACAGACUUUUCAGCUUAAGGAGUGCUGUAGCUCCAGGAAUUUCAUGAUUUUAUCAGGUAUGGUUCAUCAUACUUUUAAUUGCACUAUUAUUAAUGUUUAUGCACCCAAUGAUGUGCUUAAAAGGAGGCAGCUUUGGAAGUCCCUCGAAACACUGAAUCCAUCAUUCCCAAGCCCUUGGUGUUUAGGUGGUGAUCUAAAUGAAAUCAGAUUUAUGAGCGAAAGAAAAGGGUGCUCUAGAAGAGAAAGAGGGAUGAAGGAUUUUAAUGAAUUUAUUGAAAAAUUAGAGCUAGUAGAUAUGCAAAUGUUAGGCAGGCAGUUCACUUGGUGUAAUGCGAUGGAUGGAAAUAGAUGGAGUAGAAUUGAUAGAUUUUUAGUCGAUCCAAGGUGGCUGGAAGAGUUCAAAUUUAAACAGUGGGGACUGCCUAGGUGUAUCUCAGAUCACUGCCCAGUAAUCCUUAUGGAGGAUGAGAGGGAUUGGGGCCCAAAACCAUUUCGCUUCAUUAAUGCGUGGUGUUUGCAUCCCAAAUUUAAAUCAGAAGUGAAGAACUGUUGGGAAGGAUACCAGGUUAGAGGUUGGGCUAGCUUCAGGCUUCUGAAAAAAUUGGGUAACCUGAAAAUCCAUUUGAAGAGGUGGAAUACUGAAGUCUUUGGUAAUAUUGAUGAGCAGCUGAAACAAGCAGAGGAGGAAUUGCAUGAGUGGGAUUUAUUAGCUGAAGGAAGGAAUCUACAGGAAGCUGAGAUCAAAAGAAGGGUAGAAAUAAGAAAGAAAGGUAGUUUGGGAUCUAAGUAA